AUGCUGCUCCCCCUCUGGCCCUGCGACACAGAUGAGUUCUCUACACUCGCUAGAGUGGACGGCUCCAAGUACAUUCGACCCGUCGAGGAGCGCCAGUAUCUCAUCGUUUAUUACGUGCCCUUCGACGACUGCGGGGACAAGGGAACACAAGGUGACACUAACAGCAAACUCCCUCGGGCCGAUUCGCUAACGAUCCCUACUUUCAUAGCGUCAGAGACGAAGAGGAUCCCAAGGUCUGCAUUUCGGGUGUGCGCUCGCCUAGUCUCCCGUGAGGACUUCCUCGGAACCGACGUUCGUCUGCCGAGCGAAGGUUUAGCAAUCACAGGCCCUAUGGCCGAAGCUAUGGCAGCUCUUCCUCCCGCUUCGAUCCGUGAGCAGCACCCUGGCGACGUUGUCAUUGGGGUGUGCUCCGGGAAAGAGAAGGAAGUCGAGUUCCUUCCGGAGGGUCUUGUCUCCAUUGGUCUCGCCAUGGCGAUAGAGGAAAAUCGACCGCCUCGGCCGCCGUUGCCCCUGCAUGAAGAGGGGAUGAUGGACGAGGUUAGCCCAACUUACACGCUCACGCCCAUCGGACGCGCGGCGGUCGAGAUGGCUUGGCUAGGUUGCCUUGCAAUCACGUUCUUGGACGUUCCUUCCCCUCAGGCUGUGACAACUUGA